AUGAGGCCUCCAUCACCAUCGAUACCUGAAAAAGAGUUCCUCUUCAGCGCGCUGAAAGAGUCUCUUAGAAUAGAUGGCCGCCUCCCGCUCGAAAUGCGCACUCCGAACCUGACGUUUGGCUCAGAGCUUGGUUGGGUCGAGUGUGCCCUUGGUAAAACACGGGUGCUCGCGCAGAUCGAUGCAAAAAUGGUGAAACCUCUUCCAGAACGCCCAUUCGAAGGGAUCUUGACGAUACACUCGGAGAUCUCACCUAUGGCAUCGAGCGAAUAUGAACCAGGCCGGCCUUCGGAUGAAGAAGUUACAAUUACACGAAUGCUCGACAAAGUUCUCAGGCGAAGUGAUGCCCUAGAUAAAGAAUCUCUUUGUAUCCUCGCCGGCCAACGGGUCUGGCACAUCAGACUGACACUGCACUUCUUGGCAGACUCCGGGAACCUCCUCGACUGCGCUUGCCUCGCAGGUAUUGUCGCUCUAAAACACUUCCGACGCCCAGACGUUGAAGUCGUAGGUGACGAAGUUACCGUUCACCGACCUACGGAACGCGCCCCCGUCCCACUCGCGAUCCACCACACGCCCUUCUGCUUCACGUUUGCCUUCUUCCCUGAAUCUUCUUCUUCUUCUACACCGCCCGUUCUCGAUCCAUCUCAGCUAGAACAGAGGCUCAGCGCGGGACUCGUCUCCAUCGCACUCAACGCACAAAAAGAAAUCUGUGUUCUCCAAAAGUUGGGUGGUGUACCCCUUGGUACGGACGACAUCCUCAGACUGGUGGAAGUUGCGGUACAGAAAGCAAGGGAGACGCAUGAAUUUGUGGAGGCGAGAUUGAGGGAGGAUUGGUUGGGGAGAAAGGUUGAAGUUCGGUGA